UAAACAUCGCAAAGAGAUAUGCACUUUGGAUAUAUAUUUGUUUUAUUAUUAUUUAAACAGAGAGCAAAAUUCGAGAUUAAAUUUACAACACCUUUGAAAUAUCUAAUUUAUGUGUGACUUUUAAAUCGACAGGAUCGAAGAUAUCGAUAAAGUGUAAGGUCAAUUCAGCAUCCGUCUUUUUCGCAUUCGCCGGCUAAUUAUCUGUCGCGUUUGCUUAAAGACGCUUUUUACGAAAAGGCAUCCAUUUGACAGAGUUCACGCAAGUUGAACACGUAAGAGCGAGUGUUUGUACAUUUCUAUUUUUAUCUCGUCAAAGGAUUUGCGCUCUCAAUGGUACCGGAGGUGGAGAUUGCCCCACAUAUAUCCCGGCUUUCUGCUACGUCGCUCCAGACCGCCGCGUCAAUGCAGGGCAAUUAGGAUAUUCUCCAAUCUAGCUCCGAUCAAUUUUAUCGCUUCACUGCUUACUUGGUAUCGCGUAAAUUUAAAACCACUCGGAAAUUAAAAAAAAAUCUUACGUAAUUCAUCGAAGAGGUAAUUGUUAUACAUUUCAAGAUUGAAUAUUUUAGAUUUAACAGGAGGAAAAACAUGGAAUUAUCUUACAAUAUCGAUUUUUUUCAAUUUUCUUCAAAUGCAUUAUCCAUGUACGUACUUUUUAUAGAUGUUCACUCUCAGAUUGCGCUCCUCUCAUACACAUCCUUGUAUUUAUUCGUGAAUUCUUCUCGGCCGCCGAGCUUGCGCCGCCGACUUGGGAUGAAGAAGAGGGGAUCGCGUGCAGCAGCCGGUGGCUGUCGGAAAGAUGAGAGUCGCCGGUGAUGUGCUUGUGCGGAGGCCUCGCGGAGGACAACGCCAGGAUCAUCCUCCUCGCCGUUGUCCUGGCAGCAUACAUGCUCGCAGGCGCGGCUCUCUUCCAAAGGCUGGAGAGUGAUCUUGAGAUACGGCAGGCCGCGGAAUUUUGGCGGGUCUAUCACGUAUUUCGAAGACAUCAUCUACGAGGUAGCCCCUUGGCCCUGCAGAGGCUGCACGAGCUGCUGUACGCCUACGGUAACGCUUCGGCCACCGGCAUCAUUAAUAAGAGACGUCGCUGGGAUUUUCCUGGCAGCUUUCACUUCGUAGGCACCAUAGUUUCUACGAUCGGGUACGGAAGCACCGCGCCUCAGACAACGGCCGGGAAAGCGGCAGUCGUUCUUUAUGGCUUCUUCGGUUGUUCCGGUGGUCUCCUGUUCUUCAAUCUCUUCCUGGAAAGAAUCAUCACUUUUCUGGCGUGGAUUUUGCGCAGCUGGCACAUACGUCGAUUGAGGAGACGUCUUCGCAAGACAACAUUAGCGUCUCGACGAGUUUCUAAAUCAGCGAACACUCCAAAAAGAUCAUCUUUACCUGAUAUUCUCGACGACGACGACCACGUGGAUCUAGACCAAUGGAAACCGAGCGUUUACGGGGUCAUGCUCUAUUUGUUCGCGGUUUCCUGCAUCAUCGCCUGUUGCGCGGCCGCGCUUUACGCAUCCUUGGAAGAUUGGGAUUACUUUGACGCAUUGUAUUUUGCUUUCAUCAGCUUCACCACUAUCGGGUUGGGCGACUUUGUUAGCACGCAAAAGCCGAGCUAUCCUCACGUACAUUGGUACAGAUUCGCGAAUUUUAUCUUCCUAGUGGUGGGAUGUUGCUGCAUAUAUUCCCUGUUGAACGUCACGUCGAUCGUGAUCAAGCAGAGCCUGAAUUAUGUGAUACACAAGCUGCAAUAUGGUAAUCGGGAUGUGGCGGCACCAUUUCUGCCGAGACGACAGUCCUCGAUAUCGAGCGUAUACUACUCGAAGAGGAGGUCGACUAGAUUCGUCAGUAGGGACUCGGUCAGGGCAGAGGAUAACUCGGAGACGCCUCGCAGGAUGUCUGGCGAAUUGAUCUCCAUGAAAGACUUCCUGUCCGCCAAUAAAGUCUCUCUAGCUGUUAUGCAGAAACAGCUUUAUGACGCCGCGCAAAAGCAGAGAGGCGGCGGAUCGCUCGCUGCUACGCCGAAUCAUCAGAUGUUGAAGCCUGGUGCUGUGGGGCCACUCGCAAUCGCCAGCGAAAAAUUUGAAAGCAAAAGCACGAUAAAUAGAUAGGAGUAGUCAUGGCAAAAAUUUAGUGUCACUAUAAAAAAUAUAAUAUAUAUAUAUACAUAUACAAGGUAUUCUUUUUAA